AUGAGUUCAACUACUGCCGCGGCCUUGGCCCGCGUCGAUGCAGGCUCACUCGUUGACAUCUUUGAAGAUCGCCCAAACCGGGUCCUUCAACCUGUUAUGCAAUGCGUUCAGAUCAAACCUAUCGCUCCUCAACCCGGUGGACAAGAACGUCAUAGAGUCAUCUUCAGCGAUACCAAGAAUUAUAUCCAGACUAUGCUGGCAGUACAUCAGAACCAUCUUGUAGAGGAGAAGAUUCUUCGUCGAGGAGUUUUGGUCCAAUUGAUCGGAUACAAUGCGAACGCAUUCAAAGCAAAGCGAAUUCUUAUUGUUACCGAAAUCAAGGUACUUGAGGAGUACGGUGAACACGAGAAACUAGGCGAACCAAGACCUUUGGAAACGAAGACAGAGGAGGAGGACACCAAGCCCAGCGCAGCCACCAGCCAAAAUUUUUACGGCGCUAAACAAGAGCAAUCCAGCAGCAGGGCUAUGCCCACACAUGCGAGACCAACUUCAUCUGCGGCACACGCAAAUAUCUAUCCCAUAGAAGCAAUCUCUCCCUACUCGAAUAAAUGGACCAUCAAAGCGCGGUGCACGAGCAAAUCUGAGAUCAAGACCUGGCACAACCGGAAUGGUGAGGGUAAGCUAUUCAGUGUGAACUUGCUUGAUGAGAGUGGAGAGAUUCGUGCUACCGGAUUCAAUGAACAAUGUGACCAGUUAUAUGACUUGUUCCAGGAGAACAGCGUAUAUUACAUUGAAGCCCCUUGCCGGGUUACAUUCGCAAAGAAACAGUUCUCCAACCUUGCCAACGACUACGAAUUGCAUUUCGAGAAAGAUACCAAGGUCUCAAAGGCUGAACAACAGGAUGGGGUACCUCAAGUUCGAUACAAUUUCACCACCAUAUCUGAUUUACAGUCCGUUGAGAAGGACACAACGAUUGACAUCAUUGGAGUUCUGAAAGAGAUAGGCGAAACCUCUCAAAUUACCUCCAAGACCACGAGCAAGCCAUACGACAAACGGGAACUUACUCUUGUGGACAAUACUGGUUAUUCUGUUCGACUUACCAUCUGGGGAAAGACUGCUGCUUCUUUUGACGUUCCACCAGACUCAGUGGUUGCAUUCAAAGGAGUCAAGGUCUCAGACUUUGGUGGUCGCAGUCUAAGUCUUCUCAGUUCUGGGUCCGUCAGUGCAAACCCAGAUAUGGCAGAAGCCCACAAGUUGAAAGGUUGGUAUGAUGAGCAAGGGAACACCAACUUUGCCACACAUUCCAAUCUUCAAGGAACUAUAUCUGCUGGUGGUUCGCGACGAGACCCAUUCAAGACCAUUGCACAAAUCAAGGACGAACAACUCGGCAUGUCAGAGAAUCCGGAUUUCUUCUCUCUGAAGGCAUCAAUACAAUACAUCAAGCAAGACACCUUCUGUUACCCGGCAUGUCUCUCUGAAGGAUGUAACAAGAAAGUCAUUCAGGUUGAUGAUGGUCAAUGGCGCUGUGAGAGAUGUGACAAGAGCCACCCGAAACCCGAGUACCGCUACAUCAUGUCAGUCAAUGUCAGUGAUCAUACAGGCCAACUGUGGGUAAGCUGUUUUGAUGAGACCGGAAGACAGAUAAUUGGUAAGACGGCGGAUGAGUUGAUGGAAAUUAAGGAAGUGGAUGACAAGAGGUUGGCUGAGAUCAUUUCUGACUCGGUUUGCAAGAUCUGGAAUUGGAAGUGCAAAGCCAAACUCGACAAUUUCCAAGAACAACAACGCGUCCGGUAUCAAGUCUCAUCAGCAGCACCCAUGAAUUAUGUGUCGGAAUCACAGAAGUUGAUCGACCUCAUCAAGCAAUACAACAUUGAUUGA